UAAAUGGGUUGGUCGUAAGAGGAAGGAGAACAGCGAGAGGCUGGCAAGAGGUCGGGUGUAGCGUCGUGGUGGCUGUUGGCCGCGCAGCGCGAGAAAGGAUAUGGACAACGACGGGGAUGUCCAUGCACUCCAGCACCAGUUGGCUAAAGCAAGGCAGAGCCAUCUGCUUCAGUUCUGGGAGGAGCUGAGUGUGCCACAGCAGCAGGAACUCUGUACAGAGCUGAAAGCCAUGGACCUGGAAGAGUUGAAUCAGGCUUUUCAGAAAGCUAUGAUGGGUGAAAGCCAUUUACCACAGCUGGAGAACAUGGAUGCCAAGAUGGAACCUGUGCCACGUGACAUUUUGGGUAGCGCAACCCGAGACCGACUUCACCUAGCAGCUUGGGAAGCAGAAGGUCUCAGACAGAUUUCUCAGAACAAAGUAGCUGUUCUUCUCCUAGCUGGUGGACAGGGAACAAGGCUUGGUGUCUCAUAUCCCAAAGGAAUGUAUGAUGUGGGCCUGCCAUCCAGUAAAACGCUCUUUCAGAUCCAAGCAGAGCGUAUCCUGAAACUACAGCAGCUGGCUGAAAAACAAUAUGGCCUCAAAUGUGUUAUUCCAUGGUAUAUCAUGACAAGUGGAAGGACCAUGGAAUUGACUAAGGAAUUCUUCCUGAAGCACAAAUACUUUGGCUUGAAGAAAGAGAAUGUGGUCUUUUUUCAGCAGGGAAUGCUUCCUGCUAUGGACUUUAAUGGGAAAAUUCUCUUGGAAGAAAAGGGCAAAGUUUCUAUGGCACCAGAUGGCAACGGUGGUCUAUAUCGGGCUUUGGGAGCUCAUCAUAUUCUGGAGGACAUGGAGCGACGUGGCAUUGGCAGCAUUCAUGUCUACUGUGUAGACAAUAUUUUAGUAAAAGUUGCUGACCCUCGGUUCAUUGGGUUCUGUGUACAGAAGGGAGCAGACUGUGGAGCAAAGGUAGUUGAGAAGACGAACCCCACAGAGCCAGUUGGUGUUGUGUGCCGCGUCAAUGGUGUUUACAAGGUAGUGGAAUACAGUGAGAUCUCUCUGGCGACAGCACAGAAAAGGAGUCAUGAUGGCCGCCUGCUUUUUAAUGCUGGGAACAUUGCCAACCACUACUUCACGUUGGAGUUUCUGAAAGAUGUGGUCAAUGUUCAUGAACCUCAGCUGCAACAUCAUGUAGCCCAAAAGAAGAUUCCUUAUAUUGAUGUGGCCACUGGGAAGUCUGUGAAGCCAGACAAACCAAAUGGGAUUAAAAUGGAGAAGUUUGUAUUUGACAUCUUCCAGUUUGCCAAGAAUUUUGUGGUUUACGAAGUGGUGCGGGAAGAUGAGUUCUCUCCUUUGAAGAAUGCAGACAGCCAGAAUGGCAAGGACAACCCCACCACUGCACGCCAUUCCCUGAUGUCGCUACAUCACUGUUGGGUUCUCAAUGCUGGAGGUCAUUUUGUGGAUGAAAAUGGGACACGCCUUCCUGCCAUUCCCCGCUGCACUGACGGAAGGUCAGAUGGAAUCCAAGCUGAUGUCAAUCACAAUUUGAAGGAUGCCAAUGACUUACCCAUUCAGUGUGAGAUUUCUCCUCUUGUCUCUUAUGGGGGUGAAGGCUUGGAGGAGUUUGUGAAAGACAAAGAAUUUCAUGCCCCUUUGAUUAUUGACACAACUGGGAUCCAUGAGUUGGUAAAGAAUGGAGUGUGAAAUCCUCAUGAAGAAUCAUCA